CACGUUUCAUGGAGGAUAUUAAAUUUAAUCUAGAAGGUUCUAUAUUUUUCUAUGGGAAUAUAUAUAAAAGUAUCUAAAAUCGUAUUUGAAAAAAAUUGCACAGAGCAUGAGCACAUAGAGGAACAGGAUUCUAAUGGGAAACAAGAUCUAACAGCAAACUGGAGCCUUUUGGUAACGCGAUUCCAUCGGGUAACGGGAUCCUAUCAGGAAAAGGAAUAACAUCAGAAAAUUGGAUCCCUAGGGGGAAUGGGUUCCCACGGUGGAUGGAUGGUGUCCUAACGGGAUCGGUAGCCCACUGAGAUCGGGAUCCACCAAGAGCGGGAUCCCACUGAGAUCAAGAUACCAACGGUAUCAAGAUACCGACGGUAUCGGGAUCCCACUGGGAUCUGGAUUCCCCCUGGAUCCACAGCCACAAGAAAACGGGAUCUCACUGGGAUCAGGGUCACACCACGAAAAAGUAUUGCGCCAGGAUAGGGGUCAGAAUGGGAUUGGGGUCUUACCAGGAUCUGGGUCCUAAUGCACUCCCGUGCAACGCCGGGUAUAUUGGUUAGUAUUUAAUAAAUAUAAUAUCAUCAUCUAAAAUGUAUAUCAACUAUUUCCUAUCUGAUUAUUAUUCAGUGACUAUGCCGUCUAUGCUCAAUGCUAUGCAUGGACAUGGGCCCUAAUUCUUCAGUCUCUUAGUCUUGAUCGGUUCAAUCACUCACAAUCACAAUGUCUAUACUAUAUCAUUAUAUAAUAUAUACUAUAUGAGAAUGUCAAUUUAAAAAAAAAAUGUAAUUACUACUUUUCCCACAUGUACAACUACAACUAUACUAUACAAAUUAUUGAAUAGUGACCUAAAAAUAUAUACUAUCUAGAGCUUAACCCGAUGCAAUUUUUUUAAACCCAUGGGUCCAAGGGUUAAAAAUAAAAGUGUUAACUUCUCAUUUUCCAUAAUUACUAAAACAUGCUGGCCCUUAAACAAUAGUCCUACAAACAGUCCUACAUGUCCUACACCCUGCCUGCCGACCUUUAAACAAUAGUCCUUCAGACAGUCCUACAUUACAGUCCUACAUCAUACCCAUGGCUUUUUAUUGAUUAAUAUAACAAUAUUAUUAUCCGAAAAAAUUCAACCCUCUACCUGAGUUCAACCCUCAUGCAUGACACUUGCAGCUUGACAGCCUUUUUUCCCUCUCUGUACUAUUAAUAUAAUACAAUUUUAGUAGGGGGGGGAGACGCCGGUUGUGCAAAGGAAGCAGCCACACCAGAAGCAAAAUAUAUAUUUUCUAGUUGAACAGAAUAGUUGAGACGAUAAAGUUAGGCAGAGUAGAAACAGUCAAGCUUAAGUAGAACGCUUGGAUGUGGAGCCUAAGCUAAACAGAACGAUAAAACAUGUUCAGCAGGGGGAGGGUUGGUUGGGAAUAGGAAGAAGUAACACCUGAAGCAAAAUAUAUGUAAGAGCUUAUCAAACAUUUAUUAUGCAUUUCAACACUGCAACAACAGUUGGCAUGAAUUCACUAUCAUAUCAGUCAAACUCAAAACUAGCCAAACAAACUAAUUACUAAUUGAUCAAAUUGAUUUUUAUAAAAAUACAUAAUAUAAAAUAAUUUUUAUAUAUAUUAUUAUGCAAGAAUUCCAGUUGAAAGGAAGAUGGCAGCUUUUGAUCCACUCAGCGACCACAAUUACAUCUGUGAAGUGAUGAAUAGAAAUUGCCAUGAUAUAGCAUCAGAAGUUAAAUACAAAUACAUCCGUGUUCAGUUGAAAGCAAUUUUCUCUCCAAUGACACUAAGUAGAGAUGAGGUAAUUGUUAUUCAUUUCUUUAAACCAAGAAAUUUUUUAACCUUAAUUUUUAUCACUUGUUUUGUUUGUUAAUUUAUAAAAUAGCUGGAUUUAAUACAGUAAAGUUAAGGCUCAGUAAAGGCCCUACAGGUACUGUUAGAAUUUUAGUAUUUGACCAUGAUGAUGGGUCGGGCAUUUUAUACACAUCUAAAUAGGCCUACUGGUACUUAUUAUAUUUAAAAGAAAAUCAACUCUUCAAAAUAAUAUUUCAGAACAUGAAACAAAUUUUAAAUAAAUAUUUAAAUAUGGUAUGUUUCCCAAUGCUUUCAUUUCCCUUUUGUAAUGGAUCGUAAUAAGUGAUUGGCGCAAUACAUAAAAUUAAACCUAGGUGCGUUGGAAAAUUGAAGAAUUCAAAUGUUUUAUACUUUUUUAAUGAAUGUUAAGAGUAAUUAGUUUUUAGAAAAUAAAAGAUGCCUUAAAUUUGUAUAUUUAAUGUUCGGUGGGCUGCAAACACUGGAGAAUUAAGGGUAGGAUUUAUGAUGGCUUGAUGGACCUGGCUCAUACACAGAAAUUCAAAUAACUUCAAUAUCGCCCAUUUGACAAAUCUUGGAGCCUGCCCUGCAGGGAUUUGAAGCUGGAAUUGGAGCUCUGGAGCAGGUUUUUUUGCCUGGAGCUGGAGGGGAGUUGGAAUGGAGUCAGUAACAUUUCUUACACUUCCAAUUCCAAUAUCCAAAAAUGUUAACAAAUUAAUUUCUAAAAAAGAUAUAUAAUUAUAAAAUGGACUUGAAAUUUAAAAAAAAUUAUUUUAUUAAAAUGUAUGCCCAAAUCUUCUACCACUGAUUUUCCACAAUCUACUAAAGCUAUGUUUCCCUACUCUUUGACUUUGACUUGAGUAGUAGCCCUGACUUGAGCUAUAUUUUGUUUAAAUUGAAGGAGAGUUGCUUAAUUCAUCAGCCUCACUGCCUCGCCCGUGUCUAUUUGAUACAAUGGUAAGACUAAGUCAAGAAGGUUGGAAAUAGACCAGGAUGCAGUAGAUAGCAGCAGUGUUUCUUGUAUCUCACUGUGCUCUUACUUUAUGUGUUCCACAUUGCAGGAGCUGUCUGAAUUUUCAUAGUGUCAAUUUUAUAACACCUACGGGACUCCAUCUCCAGGUUUGAUUUUAGAGUUUGCCUCCUCUUAGAUGAAUUAACCAUCCAGGGUUAAUGAGUCCCAAACACCCAAGGGGCUGGUGUCAUUUUAUUUGUCAAGGCUUUUUUUUUUUGGAGGAUUGAACUCCAGUCAACAAGUUUGAGAUUGACUUAGUUUAGACAGCUCAGCCACCCAAAAUCUAUUCUUCUACAGCUAUGUGGUUCCAUUCUUCUACAGCUAUGUUGCCCCACACUUCUAUCAGCUAUGUUGUCCCACACUUCUAUCAGCUAUGUUGCCCCACACUUCUAUCAGCUAUGUUGCCCCACACUUCUAUCAGCUGUGUUGCCCCACUCUUCUACAGCAAUAUAAAAAGUUGGUGUGAAAUCUAUGUAAAUUAAUUAGAAUACCCUAAUCCGUUGCCAACUUAUUUUUCUCUUUUUGGAUUCAUCUUACAUUUGUCUUAAAAAAGUCUUCUCACUCAAAUUAUGUCCAAAUUACCAAUUUCUUGUUCUAUGUAAGGACAGGCCUUUGCUGUUGAUUGGGUGUUGAAAACUACUGCUCUACAGCAGUUUCCACCUCUGUUUUAAGGGGGACAGAAAGUUAGUGACAAAUUUGGAGUUUACUGUGCAAGGAAAAUUAACGAACUCAAGUAUAUAAGAUCUGCUCUGUCGGUUCAAAUCCAAAUUUAAAUGUGCAAUAAUUAGUUUAAUAAAAGAAAACAUAUGACAUAUGCAAAUAAUUAUCGAUAUUAUUUUCUUUUGAGGGAAGAGACAGGUCUGAUUAUGACAUUAUGGUUAAGAUUUGUGACAGUGCCAAGAGGUUGUCCUUAAGUGAUUUCUCAAAGUUUGUGGAUGCUAUAGAAACUGAUAAUGCUUCCAUUGCACAGAAGAUACGAAACAAAUUCCAGGAGCUAUCAGGAAGGGCACUGCCAAGUCAACAAAAACAAGAGGUAUUUUACAUCUGAGCUGGUAAUUUAAACAACACCCAAAAGCAAUAGUCUGUGACAGUUGGGUGGGAAUACAAAAUGAGUAAACCAUGUAAGAAUAUUUUGAUUUAUUUCAAUGGUCACUUUAGUUUUGUCCAUUAAAAUCCAUUUGAGUCAUCUUUUGCCUCAUAUUAGUUCUCAUUUCUUAUGCACUAUUUAAUAUUAUACAGCUGCCAGUAUUAAAUGUUGUAAAGGAUGUGCCAUGUGACUUUGAACAGACUCCAGUGCUCUGUCAAUCUGACUUACAACAGAAUAGAGGAACACUUAGUUUUCUAUCAGCACAGGGUGAGAGAACAACUGUUUUUAAGUGGAAGAAACAAAAUAAUUGUGAAUUAUAGUGCAAAUCAGUAUUUUGACUUUUUGUUCCUUUAAGUACAAAAUAAUUCAGCUAAUAAUUUUUUAAUUGUGCCACAAGUUAUACUGAGGUAAACUCUUUGAUUCACCAAACAAGUCACAAAUAAGUUUAUAGUGUUGUAUUCAGAUGCUAGCUUUGUGGAGGAAUUUUGUGAGAACACAUAAGAACUUUCAGUUGUAGAAUGCUUGAAAUCUUUCACUUAUUCAUUCCAUAACAUUUUUCAAAAUAUUAAUUUAGGUUAAUUUUUCAGCACCUGCAACCAGGUUGGAAUUAACAGGACUUAGAGAGGUUAGCUUUUUAAAUAAUAAUUAAAGAAACAUAAUUCUGGUUAGAAACUAUUCUUUUCACAUGCAAAAAAUAAAUCUUAUCCUUAUUUUGCUCUCAGUGAUCAGAAGAUAUAAUAGUUAUGAAUGACUGACAACACAGGGCUCACCUUGGAAAAGUAGUUAAAUACUUUCAAAGGCUUAGAAAGAGGGUGGGUGAAGGGGGAAAUCCGACUUAAAUGGCACUUAUUUUGGGACUAAUUUUCUGUCAACUUUAUAUACUAUAUACAAGUUAUUUCUUACAUGUACUCUGCUACUCCACUGCAUAGUAUCAAUCUUCUUCUGUCUAUUAAGAACCCAUAAUCAAUGUAUUGAUCAUUCUGGCUCCUAUGUAUGUGGAGGAAUUUGCAAUCUUUUAGCCGAGUUUUUAUUUUAAAUUAAAUAAGAUAAGAAUGAUUUUUCAAAUUUUUAUGAUAUUUGGCACAUUAGUUGAUAUAGAAGCUUGAGAAAAAAAAUGUAUCGAUUGAUAGAAUAUAAAAAUAAAUUAUGCUUUUGAAUUUUGUAACUGUGCAUAGAAGUAGAAGCUAGCUUUAUUUUUGAAGAAUAAUAAAAACUAUGUCCGCUCUAACAAUGUGGUCGAAAGACUUAAAACUAAAAAUCAUUGGUAACAAUUACUAUUACAUUCAAUACACUUGAAAAGACUAAAAAUAUUUUAAAUCCAUUUUAUACCUUGUGGGUUUUUAAUAAUUUGAAAAGUUCUUUUAAAAGACACAAGAAAUCAUAAAAUAUUCAGUCUUUGUGAGUCAAGGUAUAUUGCGAUGCUUCUUUUUAUACACAACUUCUGUCUCUUCAUCACUUAUUUAUAUCGACCACUUCUGCUUAAUGACCACUUCUGUCUAUCCAUUGCUUCUGUCUAUCCUCCACUUUUGUCUACCCUCCACUUUGGUCCAUCCACUAAUUCUGCUGAAACUGUCUACAGAGUCAGAUUUUUAUUCCAUUGAUCCUUUUUGCAUUGAUCUGUGUCAUAUUCCUUUCUCUAAGUUCUUUCACAGUUUCAAUUUCCUUGGGCUUUCUUGGAAAUUGAGCUUUGUGGCAUUCAAAAGCAUCAUGACCAAGACGUCUUUGUUAUUGAGCCUGUAUUGUUUCUACAAGAGAUUUUAUUUUUGAUCGCCAUCUCAUUUUUUAAUGGCCAUUGUCUUUAACAAGAUAAUUUUAUGGAAUCUAUGUAGGCAUUUGAUCUGUAAAAUUUCCACCCACCUUUCUGAUUUUCUAGUGGUCUUCCCACACUCUGAUCCAUUAAGGAGAAAAAUUUUAAAAAUCACUGUUAGAAAUUCAAAUCUUGCUGUAGUUGGUUAGGUUAUCCAUGUGGAUAUCAACACUUCCAAUGUCUGAUCUUUGCAUUGAUUUCUUCCUCACAUUCACCAUCUGCUCUGACCUUGCUCCUUAAAAGCUUAAACUCUGUUACAGAUUUGUGAGCAGUGUUAGUUACAAUGAUUUAGAAACCCUGUAAGCAUUGUAAAAGUUAUCUUUCCAUUUGUUGUCUGCCUCCAUAGUAGUUGAAUCAGCAGAUUUCCACAUUCAACUACAACUGAUUGUUUAGAGAACUUGGAAUUUAUCCUAUCAAAGCAUGGAGUGAUCAUUCUUUCACUGGUUUGGUUUUGAGGAUUUUUUUUUGUUUCAUUCUUGUCGACUAUGAGCACAAUGAGCGUCACUCCUUCCUGGUGGUUUUUGUCUUGUUUUUCCAACCGGUUGAAGGUUUCUCCUGGAUGGUAAGCGUAUGCUUUCCAUCUCUAAUCCAUCUUGUGACCAUAAGGCUCAAGUUGUAGUUGAUCAAUUUAAGCAUCUUUCCAGCCUUGAAAUAUUACGGAAUCCAGCUCUGAUCCAUGAAUUUUGUGUCAGGAGAUCUGUUUUUGGGUCAGAGAUUUGAAGAUUUGGUCUCCAGCCAUCAGUACACUAAACGUGGCUACUUCAAUCCUGUACAUUAAAUGUGGCUACUUCACUCCUGUACACUAAACAUGCCUACUUCACUCCUGUACACUAAAUGUGCCUACUUCACUCCUGUGCAGUAAAUGUGCCUACUUCAAUCCUGUACACUAAAUGUGCCUACUUCACUCCCGAUGCAGAGUGUGUUGGUAAUUCCCUUUGCAGUUGAUGCAGUAACAGGUGUUUAACUGGAUGAAAAUAGUUACCCCCAUGUACAACCCUCCUCCUUUAUCUUGACUAGGGAUAGACCAUGGGAGAGUCAAUAAUUUUGGUGUUCCUGUAGGAAAAUUAUGAAUAAAAGAUUUAUUGGUUUAAGCACACAAACUUAAAAAGAUUGCCCACUCCUGCUGCAGAACAUAAGACAUUUUAUUUUAAACUCUACAAUAACUUUCUUUCUUUUACAUUUUCAGGAAACAAGAUAUAGCAUGAAUACUUCACCUAGGGGCAAAGCUUUGAUCAUAAACAAUGAAAUAUUUCAAUUUUUAAGUUCCAGGGAUGGAAGUGAGAGGGAUAUGGAAAUGACAAUUGACAUGUUUAAGUUUUUGGACUUUGAAGUUUCUGUGAAAAAGAAUCAGACAAGUGAGGUAAAGUACACAAUAAAAGAGAUAAAUUUAUGUGCAGCACUAUGAACAUAAUCCUGAAAUGAAUUUAAUAAAUACAUGAACUGUUGUCAAUAUUUUCCAACCUUUUAUCAUAGCACAAUAAUUGUUCAUGCCACAUGGUGAACAGCAGUGUGUCAAAGAGUAAUUUUGCGAAUUGAAGGGCAGGACAAAGUACCUAUCACAAAGGUUUUAGAAUAUGCCAAAAUCUGCAGCGUAUUCCCUGCUCUUAGCAGGAUAUACCUUUGCUGGUUAGGCCAUAUAAGGAGAUUGAUGGAAGAUGGUAUUCCAAAGAAUCUGCUUUAUGGAGAAUGGCAGAUAGGCAAGACUUAAUUGGAUUUCCGCUGCUGUGAUUUAAGGACGUUUGCUAAAAGAACAUGAGGGAAGAAAAAAAAGAAACAGAUGAAACAACAGUGAAUAAGGAAGUCAAACAGGUGGAAGCACAGCCCCUGCAGCAUAAAUAUCAAUAUCAUUACGGAAUCCACAAGUGAACCAGAAUUCAAAGUUCACCUGCGACAAGUGCAGCUGAGACUGUCAUUCCAGACUCGGCCUUGUAAGCCAUUUGAUGAAGUGUCAAAUAGCUCUGGCAGGUUAUAUAACAGAAGAGGUAUGGUGAGCUAUGUGACAGUGUAUCUCUGGUAAGGUAUAUGGCAGUAUAUGCAGUCUGUUAUGCUAUUAUUACUAACUUGAUAAAGAAUUCAAUCAGACUGUUGAAAGUCUAUAACAAGCUUAUUUCAGUUUUACUGUAAUGGAAGCUUGUACCAUGCCUUCUUGCCAAGUUUUCUUCUGAUCUCUAAGACAGUUUUUAUUUUAGACCUUUUUGUAUACUCCUCCUUGCACAGGUUCCUUAUAGAUCUCAACAAUACCAGUACUAUAAUAAAUGUAUAUGCAAUGCAAUGGUCCAAAGUAACUUUGUUCAAUUUUUCCUCAUGCAGGAAAUGAAAAGCUCAUUAUACAAUUUUGCUAAUGACACAUCACUUGGUUCAGUGUCAGCACUAGCUGUUGUCAUAAUGAGUCAUGGCCAUUCAGAUGAUACAAUUUUUGGAAUUGAUGGGGAAAUGAUUCACAGAGCUCCAGUAAACUACAUCACCAAAUUUGACUGUCAGCAAAGUUUCACUGGCAAGAAAUGCCCUCUGAUGAUAGGCAAGCCUAAGCUAUUUAUCAUACAAGCAUGCAGGGGGGGUAAGUUUAUUUUUUUUAAGUGGUUACAGCUGCCGUGUGGUCCCAUAAAAGCUUCAAAAAAUAAAUUUAAUCAAUGCAUACCGGUAGUUAAAUCUUAUUAUAUUUAUUGGAAUGACCACAAGGGCUUGUAUUGCCAUUAUUUGCUGUACCAUCACUCCAGACAGGUUGAACUUAGAAAGCAAGCUGCAAUGUUAGAUCUUAUCUCUGCCCCCUCCUUUUUACAACCAAUCGCCAUGGACUUACUUUUCCUCUCUUCUCUUUCUUUGCCUAUAUUAACUUUCUUUCCUACUAAUGGUCAAUUAAAUUGCUGUCCUCUCAGGCAUUACAUUGCAGAUUACUUAUUACAUAUUUUUAUAUUUAUGUUACUCUUGUUUGUUAGCUGAAGAAAGCUUCUUGCCGACAUCUUUGUUGUUUCAAUUGCAUGAUUUUUUAAAGUUUUCCCUUAUUUUUUUCCCACAUAUUUCCUUAAACCUAACAUGAUUGCACCCCAAUUUCAUCAUUUUCAAAUCUUAAGCAAAUUUUGAAGUUUAAAAAAUACUACUUUAUGGCAACAUAAAACUGAACUUAAUAAUAUAGAUAAUAAUAUUGAAUUUUUGUAAAUAUUUAGGAAUUUCCAAAAUUAUUUUUGGAUUGUAAUUUAUUAGGGUAAAAAAACAUUAACACAUUUACUAAAGAGGAAUUAAUUAUUUUUUAUAUAUUAAAACCAGUUUCAAAAUUUUUAUUAAAUAUUCACCAAUGAAGAUGAAGAAGACCAGCCAUUAACAAAUAACCCUAUUAGUGAAGCAUGGAUAAGGUCUGACUCUGUUAAUAGGGAUGAAGUUAGUAGUGACGCCAAUGAAGGAGACCUGCAGUCUGAUGGCCCAAGAUUAGCAGACACUGCAGAUAUGUGUUUUGUUCACUCUUCAUCUUUAGGUAGGCCAACUUUCUUAUUAUUUAGGAAUAUCUUCAUAAGUAGCUCUUCACUAUCAUGAUUAUCAAUAUGAGGUAUUUUUUUUACAAUCAAUAUACCUUCCAUUUUCGGAAGCACUUCACUUCUUCUAAGAGGUAGCCCUUCCUUUAAAAGUAGCCCUUUCCUUUUACUAAUCUUUAGUAGCCAUUGACUACUGCAUUCUUAGGUAGCUCUUCACAAGAUCGCAGAUUUUCUUUACUUAUAAUUACAGGCAUAAAUAUAUGUCCUUGUUUACCUUGGACUUAGUGGUAGAUUUUCAUAUUCAUAAAUGUAAAUAAUAUUUGUAUACUUUACGUGCCAAGCUAUAUGAUUAAGCCAACUUGCACUUUGUGCUUAGUUUUAAUAUUUUCAGGUUGUUACAUCCCAUAAAAGGUUCUGUAGAUGUUUUUCCUUGUCAUUCAAAGCAUAUUAACCAUGUAUUCAGUACUGUGUAGUACUAAACCUUGUUUGUUAUGUACUGUUAAAUGGUUUUGUACAUUUAAUGUGUUUUAAGAUUUGGCUUGUUUUAGAUGAAUCAAUAAGUAACCAUUAUAAAAAGAAGCAUGAUACCAAAGCUAGUUAUAUUGUUGAAGCUUGAAUAACUAGUUCAUGCAAUAGUGGAACAAAAUCAAAUACAUUUUUAAUUUACCUCCAUAUAAGCCUAUAUUUAUUCCAAUGUAUUGUUGUAUUUGAUUGCAGGCUAUAAAGCUUACAGAAGCCCUACAAGUGGUAGUCCAUUUAUAGAAGUAUUAACAAAGAAUGUACUAGACCAUGCUCACAACACAGAAAUUCGUGACAUCAUUCAAAAGGUACCAAAAGGUUUUAUUGAAAUAUUUAUGAAAAAAAUUAAGAACAAAUUAAAAUCAUUAUAUUUAAACACCCAAUGCUUUAGCAUAAAUGAAAGGGUUUUAUAACUUUUAAAAAAAAUUAUAAAAUCAAUAAAUGAAACUUUAGGAACAUAUGAAACCACUAUAUAGUUAUAAAUAUAUGUCAGCUAUCUUACAAUAGAAUCUUCAAAUUGACAGGCUCAUUUUUCUGUCUGAUAAUAUUAUUUACUUAUAGUAAGCUUAAAUUGAUAGGCUUAUUUUCUGUCUGAUUAAAUUAUAUUAAUAUUACUUAUAGUAAGCUUACAUUGAUAGGCUUAUUUUCUGUCUGAUUUUAUUAAUACUACUUAAAGUAAGCUUAAAUGAUCUAUAAUUGGCUUUUACCUAGCUCUGAUUCUUUGGCUAUUUCCAAACACUCAAAGGUUCAACAGCAUUUCAGCCAAACCCAACUUGGUAAUGAACGGAUGACAAUGCCUGAUUGCAAUAUCAGACUUGUAAAACCUUGGUACCUGAUGCCACCCACUGCGAGCACAAGAUAAAAUGGCUCUUAAAACAAACUUGUUUUUAGUUUUAACUUCAGUUCAAGUGCACCACCAGACCAUCAUGGCAUCUUAUUCUGUUCUAUUCAUUUUAUUAAUACUUUAUUUAUUGUAAUGAAACUAAUAUAUUAAGUGUAUAAUUGUGAUGUAUUCACCACAAGAAAUAAAAAAAAAUAUUCUGAUCUCUCACCUGGUGACAUCUUCAAUGACACGUUUUUGUGUGAUAUUUAAAAAGUAAUUUUUUUUACAUUUUUAAUUUUUAAUGUUAAAUUAAUGUUAACGGCUGAAACUAUCUGUGCUGACCCUAGUCUUAAACUUAAUGUUAACAGCUGAAACUAUAGUUGCUGACCCUAGUAUUAAACGAU